UAAGAAGUCACGGACAAAAACUCCAGUAGUUCAGUGACAGGUGUGUUUAAACGAGUUGGAACUAAUAGUUGUGAUGUUGUGUUCGACUACAUCAUUCAAGUAACAGAGAAUCAUUAAACUGGCCUGGGAACAGUCGUAAAGGAAACCGGGCAGUGGGUGUUUUUAAGACUGACACUACAAACAACCAAUAAUAAGACACAAUAACAUUGCUUGGACAAAAAAAGAGCUGUUUUAGGGCGGGACUUAAACGGCCUCUAAUCGCAGUAUUGUUGUUGAAGGCGACUGUGGAAGUUUUUAGCCAUUUUUGUCUUCCUUUGUGAUGUUUUUCUCGUGCCACAAAGGAUCGAGCUGGUUUGGAAUAUCGUAGCUGUGGAUUAAUACUUGGAAGAGGUGGUGUUACGAGGCGAGUUUGGACGUUUGGGCCAAUGUUACCUAGGCCGUCCUCUCCCAGCUAGUUAGCUAGCCUGCUUGCUACCAAGCGUGGUGCAAAUUCUGCAGGUCUGUCAUGACAGCCUUUCCACAUGUAAUGUUGUAGGUGGAGUUCUGCAUGCAUUGUGUUCGGCUUUUGCCGCAGCAGUGCUCUUCGUGCAUCGCAUUAUUUUGUAACAUUUGUUUUCUUAUGCGGAUAGCUACUGGUCUUUUCAAGAGCCAAACUGGCGAGUUCUGACAGGUCUGCUAUUGAGGCAGGCUGGUUAGCGAACGCACAUUAGCGAGUUCGGGUGACUCAAUCACUGCAGCCAUGCCCGAAAUGGACUCAACAUCACCACCAUCAUUAGCUACAUAGGACAACAGAAAAUACUUUGCUCUGUCGCAUGGCCUUAUUAAUGUUGAGUUUCCAAGACUGCCUUGCUCAGUCACUACAAAUAGCCAAAAUUGUGCGCUCAGGAUUCUAUGACAUACUCAAGUUAUUCUCAGCUAGAUUCGGUUGAAUCGCUGAUUAACGAGCUUCCAUAUAUGUUUUAUCUGGGCCUGUUCUUUGUCAAUGUUUUGAUCUUGUACUAUGCCUUUUUAAUGGAAUACAUAGUCCUUAAUGUCGGGAUAGUUUUUCUGCCAGAGGACAUGGACCAGGCACUGGUGGAUUUGGGCGUGCUGUCUGACCCAGGGUCUGUUCCCUAUGACACUGACACAGAACUGGAUGUUUUCGAGGGGUACCUUGAGUGAGCAUCUUGUAGCUCACAGGACAAGCUCGUCAAUGAUGCGGUGCCUCACUCGAGAGGACAUGACGGUUUGGUACAUCUUUUCGGAUGUGUGUGCAGUGACGCCGAAAGAAAACGCAGGAACCUUUUCAUGCAAAACGUCUACAGGGCCCUUCUCUUUAAACAAGAUAUCAUGAUUCAAGAUCUUCAAGAACUGUUGGACCCCUUGAUCCAGUUGAAAACCAGUCUCCCUGUGGGUGGAGAAUGUGCUGUCUGGACAACAUGACUGGACCAAAAUAUGUAUGCUGAGACACCGAUACAACACACUCCUUUACAGAGCGUAGGCCUGACCUGCCUCUCAUUCCCAGCACUUGAAGAAGAAAUGAGCAAGAUUUGUCCAGCAGUGUUUGCAUUUCAGCACUUAAGAUUUCCAAUCCUGCCGUCGCAUCUCAGAUAUCAAUCUCUAAAAUCUCUACCUGCCAUUUCUAACCUGCAUGUUCAGCUAAAAAGCAAUACACACUAUGGGUGAUAAGCUAUGUAUAUGGAGUAGGGAAAUUAUACUAUGUCAUCAUUCACAUAUUUUAAGUGUACAACAGUCAUGUGUACAGGUCUGGUAUUAAAUGACAGUAGAUGGACAACAUUUGAACUUUGUCAUUAACUGCCAGUAUCAAAUUACCAAACCAGAAAUUGGGGAUCGAGGGUAAGUGGCUGUUAAUGCCCUUGGUCCUAAACAACACAGGCAGUUUAAACAAAAGAAAAAUGUAUCUUCUUUGUGUUUUUAUGAAAAAGAAACAAAACAUGUUUAUCACAUGUUCAAAGCUUUCCUAUCAUUUCCUCCGACCCUCUAAGAAUGAUAUACACUGCACAUUUGUUUUCUACAGAAUGAUAAAUACAUCAUAUUUAAGAUAUAUAAAUAUAUAUUUAUUAUGUGGUUAAUUUAGACUGAUAUUUUGAAAGAGUAGUGUAAGAUUUAUGACAAUCAAUGCAUGCAUCUUUUGUUCCCCAUAGGCCUACUUUUUGCUGUUUUUUUCUUCUCGUUUAACUCGAUUUUCACAAGACACUAAGUGAGGUUGUCACACUUUUUUUAAAUUAAAAAAAAGUGUUCAGUGUU